AUGGAGCUCUACACUCGUCUCUCCCCAACCAGUGUUGUAGCCUUCAUUGAUUUGAAAAGUGCAUUUGAUGUUGCAAAUAGAGACAUUAUUUUAGACCAGCUUAUUGAUUUUGGAAUCAAGGGAAACCUUUUGAGGUGGAUACGUGGAUAUCUUCGAAAUAGAGUCUCUCGUGUGCUGUUUAAGGGAGCAUUGAGCACCACAAAGGAACUUGAACUUGGUACUCCAUUUUUAUUUAAUAUCCUCCUACAUCGCCUUCUUUCCUUACUUCCUGAUACUGAUAACACAACCAUCACUUGCUACGCAGAUGAUAUUUGCAUUCAUUCAACCUCCCCGGAUCACUUGCAACGCUUCCUUUCUUCCUUAUACGAAUCAGCAUCCUCCUGUGGUCUUAUCAUCUCCCCAGGAAAAAGUAGAAUCUUCUCCCCAAGGCCAGCAAGGAAUCUACCAGAAUUUAGUGUGGGGAACAAUGUUGUACCUUUAUGCACACAAUAUAUUUAUUUGGGGGCGUCAGUGCAAAUUACACCAUCCAUUCCAGCAAGACAGAAAGUACAUCCCAUUGUUCAAGAUCUGCUGGCCCGGUUACAGCGAUGCCUGACUCCUCUCAAGUGGCUUACUAAUUAUUCUGCAGGAGUAUUUAUCCCAGUUGCCAGAACCAUAUAUAUUGCUUUCAUCCGCUUAGUGAUAGAUUAUCUCUCCCCUGCACUAUAUCAACUCUCCAGAUCAACUCUACAGCUGCUUGAAAAAUUCCAGAACCAAGCAAUGAGAUUCAUUCUAGGUUGUCCAGCAUCCACUAGAAUUGUAAACAUGCAACACGAACUCCGUCUCCCUCCACUCGUUGAGCGAAUAUACUCCAAUGUCACCUACUUCAGUAUCAAAUGCCUGUAUUGCCCUCACCUGUCUCCUCACUAUUCAAACAUCAUCAGAACUUCUCUCAAUCUAGAUGCACCUCGUCCACAACUACGCCAGGGGGUACGUACAAUAGUUAGUACUGUCUGUUCAAGCAUUCGGGGGCUUGACAUCAACAUCGUGGCAGAGAACAUGGAUCAUGGCCUUGCACCCUGGCAGACUCCUGUGCCAGCAAUCUCUUACACUCCAGUCUCUAAGACUGACUUGCCUCAACUUCAACAACAACAUGCAUUGGAGACCAUCGACAGACUAUCCUCAUCCCUCAGUGUAGCCCAUCACCUCUACACAGACGGCUCCCUACACCAGGAUGGCAGUGCUGGAUGUGCUGUUUUCUCCCCCACUUUGGAACUCCCGGCAGAGGGCUGGACAGGCCGUCGCCUCCCAAAGUCAUCAAGCUCCACGUAUUGUGAACUACAUGGACUUCUAAAUGCAGUUAUUUUAAUCACACGGACCAGAAACAACGGCUUGAUCAUCUGCGACUCACAACCAGCACUCCAAGCCCUUUCAUCACAUAAGCCAGCAUACCAGCCCCUGGUUACACAAAUUACAUAG